UCUUUUUACAUCAUGAGGACUGGAGCUAGUAUCGCUUCCAUUUCUCAUUACAGCACAUACAGCUUACAGCACGUCAGUUUGAAUUUCUUAUGCCGCAUGAUUAGGUUUCAUCUAGCUAGGAAGCACAGUUUAUGUGAAUCUCACUCACAUGAAAUAUGGAUUAAUCCAUAAUUCGAGUGAUUAGACUCGUUCGACUAUUGAGGUUAUGAAACACAUAAACAUCGUUGAUGUAAUCGCUAAGUUUGUAACAGUAGAGAUUAUACAAUAUAUCAUCUUGAUAAAUUAAUAGAAAAAUGAAGUGGAUAUCAAAUGUGAAUAAACGAUCGAUAUUACCGAUUUUACUCGGCAUAUCUCUAACAACUUUUGGACUGUCAAUGGCCAUAUUGUUAUACAGUAUGUUUGAAAAGGAUGAUAAUAAUGAUAGAAAGAAAUAUAGUCAGACAGCGACAUCCAAACGCAAAGAAAUUUGUGUGCAAUUUGGAAUACCUGAGAAGUAUGUAUCUGCUGUUAUCGGUAAAGGUGGUACUGUGAUAAAGAAUAUAGAAGAAUUAACUAACACUCACAUCAAAAUGGAAAAGGCGAACAUUUCUUCAGAACGCGUCUGUUAUUUAUGGUCUGAUAACAAAGACAACAUUUGCUCAGCACAGAAUAUGAUACAGAGUAUAAUAAACAAUGUACCUGACUCUGUAACCUAUGAAUUGUUCGUGCCUUUCGAUGUUUCUAGAAAAGUUUUGAAAAAAAGGUAUGACGGGCGUGAAUUUGCACAUUUAAUUCAAAAAACUCAUGGCACAAAAAUCAUAAUUGAGAAUGAUGCUCAUAAAACUGAAACUGGAGUGAAAAGAAGGAUAAUACUAAAGGGUACUUCUGAUCAAAUAGCGGCCGCCAUUAUUGAAAUAGAAGACAAAAUUCAGAAUGAAGUCGAAGCUGAAACUCAGUUAAAGUUACAAGUUGCGAGAAUGAAAUCCACAUCUUCUGAUAAUAAUGAUGUUAUUAACACAAAUGAUCAUCCUGAUGUUGAGACAUUUGAGUUAUUAGUGCCACGUGAUACUUGCGGAAGAAUCAUAGGAAAAAAUGGAUGGAUUAUACAAGAAAUGGAAAAAUCCUCUGGUGCAAAAAUCACAAUUGAAAAUAAUAGACGCGAAGAUAAUAAAAGUAAAGUAACAAUACUUGGGACUGCUAAACAAAUAGAACUAGCCGUUAUGCAGAUAGAAAAUAAAGUUAAAGAAGCAGGAGAAUUAAAUUACGAGAGUACAAUGAAUAUAAAAAGAAUAUCUGACUCUCUGUGUAACAAUAAUAGUAGCACGUCUAACAAUGUUUCGAAACUUUCAAAAAUUGCAUUUAAAGAAGCUGAUUUAAUGGAAGUGUAUGUAUCUGCGAUGAAAACGCCAAGCCGUUUUUGGAUUCAAGUAGUUGGUCCUGCAAACAUCGAUUUACAAAACUUAAUACACGAUAUGACGGAAUAUUACGAUGAAGAGGAAAAUCGCAAGCUUCAUACCUUAAAAAAAGUAACCGUAGGCCAAAUGGUAGCAGCUAAAUUUAAAUAUGACAAUAAGUGGUAUCGUGCCGAAGUUAUAUUUGUACAUUCCGAUGCGGAAUUUUCUGGAUGUGAAGUCUUCUUUGUGGAUUAUGGAGAUAUAGAGAUCGUUCCUAUAGAAGAUGUAUUAGAACUUCGUACAGACAUGUUGAGUUUACGACUACAGGCUGUAGAAUGCUCGCUGGCAAAUGUGAAGCCACGAGAAAGCGAAUGGAGCUCCGAAGCUAACGACCAUUUCGCCGAACUUGUUCAUUUAGCAAAAUGGAAACCGCUUGCUGCUAAAAUUAGAGGCUACAAGGAACGUCCGGUAGGUUACGGAGGAUUUCGUCGUCAAAAUUCAUUGCUUCCAUGUAUCGAAUUAUACGACAAGGAUAACGAUGAGUAUAUUAAUAUUGGGGACAGUUUGAUACAAUUGAGAAUGGCUGAAAUCGAAAACGAGGUCAGUUCGACAGUGAAUUCCACGUUGCCUUAUGAUAAGUGCGAUUCUUCAUUUGUCCCAUUCUUAUCUGAUUCUCGACUAAAUGCGUUUCAAUUGUGAUGGAGCUAAUAUUAAUCCGAAAAAAUAAUUGUGAAUUUGCGACAAAGAAAGGAAUCUGAGCAACCAACGAAGAAAUAAAAAAUUCCGAUCGAGGAUCAAAUGAACAAAUCUCUAAGUAAAAAAACGGAUAUUAAUAUAGAACAAUAUGCAAAUAAUUUUGCAUGGAUUUGAAUGGCAAUUAACUUAAAUAACAUUACGGUUUUUUAAAAUUAAGUAAACUAAAAUCAAAUAUAUUAAGUUCUGUUUUUUUUUUGCUUGGGAAAUGUAGCAAGAGUUCCUAUUAGUUUUUUAUAAGCAGAUUUUAUAUAAUACUGCGAUAUUUCUUGUAGUGAGUAUAAGGAUAUAACUUUUUUGUUACACUAUUGGACAUUUGUUUUGUUACACUAUUGGAUUUUGUUACACUACUUACAAUAUUGGAAUCAUAAAUUCGUAAAAUGAUUGAACUCAGAUUUCUUAUUCUCUUAUUUUAUUUUGAAACACAAAUAAGUAUUGAAAGUUAUGUUUUUAAGAAUUGAGAUAUUAAUAUCCUAUCUAUGACAAUACGUAAUUUUUAUAUUUUCUUAAACUUUUUAACAUAUGAACAAAGUAUGCGAAAAUGAUGAAUAAUUAUUAUAACAUAAUGAAUAAUAAUUUUUAUUGGAUUUUUAUUUUCUAAGCAUAUAAACAGAUCAACAACAAAAAGGUCAAAAUGUGAAACUAAAUUGAUCUUUCAAUAGUAUUAAGAGUUAAUAUGUUAAUAAUUAUUAAAUAAGUUUUACCAGCUCACACCGUCUAGUGAUGAAAAGUAAUAAAAAAAGAAAGAUACUGAUAUAAUUUUUAUAAUAUAGUUAAGUUUCAAACUUAGAACGUAGAAAACGAUCACAGGACGAUUAACAGUGAGAAAUGUAUAACGAAAAAAAAAAAAAAUAAUUUUUGUCAAUUUAAGAACGUAAAUAAAAAAUCUAUUUUUGAAGAA